UUUAACAAGGCGAUCAAGAGUGGGGCAUAUCACACAAACUCCCAAUGGAAAAAACAUUCUCUUUUUCUACAGCUGAGAAUACCAUCUACGUCACCACGAAGUCGUGACAUAGUUGACUCUUAAAGCAGUACAUGUACACGAUACCGGAUUGACAGAUAUAUAACAUAUAGUCUUGACAUUUUUUAUAUAUAUAAUACCCCAAUCCAUACAUUAGGUACCUAACCUAGGCGGUUUUAUCUAGUUACACCUAAUCCAUACCCCUAACCCAACCAUCUUCACGAUGGCAUCAGGCAUGCUACACAAAUUCCUCCACUUAACCAACUUCCGGAACCCCUUCCUACGCACAGUAGUACCUAGCGUCGCAGCGGCCUUUGCCUUGCAGACGGCCGUAGCCAUCCCGUCAAUCGCCGCCCAAAGCGAGCGUUUCUACGAUGUUUCCGGCUCCGCGACGUUUUUGACCGUCACCCUGUUGAGCUUAUACCUUCCUGGCCUCCGCACCCGCGCCGCUGCAUCACUGGCCGGUGCCCCGUUGGCAAGCCUGUCAAGUCCGUUUACGGCGACCGCUGGUUUCCACUGGCGCCAGGUUGCGCUGAGCGCUGCUGUGGUGUUUUGGUCGGUUAGAUUGGGCACAUACCUCUUCCGCCGCGUCCUGCACCAAGGCCACGACUCCCGCUUCGACACGCUGCGGGGGUCGCCGGGUAAAUUCGCAGGCGCCUGGUUCGGCCAAGCGACAUGGGUAUCGCUGUGUCUAGCGCCCGUGUUAGCCGUCAACGCGGUCCCGCCCGCGGCGCUCGCUGCCGUGCCGCUACGGGUUACCGACGUCUUGGGCCUGGCGCUGUUUGCCGGCGGGUUCGCGCUCGAGAUCGUUGCUGAUCGGCAGAAGGGCGAGUGGUUGCGCCGCCGCAAGGAGAAGCUGCAUGAUGAGCCGUUUAUGACGGAGGGUCUGUGGAGUCGGAGCCAGUAUCCAAAUUACUUGGGUGAAUGUACGCUGUGGACGGGUAUAGCUACCACAGCUGCUGGUGUCUUGGUGGCACGUCCAGUUCAGGUCGGACUUGGGUUUUCGGGUGGAUUGUUAGGCAAGCUCCUGGUCUUGGCAGCAUCGUUUGUGAGCCCGGCGUUCAUAACGUCUUUACUGUUGAAAGUGACGGGUGUGCCGUUGAGCGAGAAGAAGUACGAUGCCAAGUAUGGCCAUCGUAAAGAUUAUCAGGAGUGGAAACGAAACACGCCCAAAUUCUUCCCCAAGUUAUACUAGGA